CGCCUGUGUGAGUAGCAGUCGAGUGUUGAGAUAGUACGGUCGUGUUUUACGUAUAUUUGUGUGCUGAGAGUGUCAAUUGUUGGUUAAAAAGCAAAAGUAAAAAAAAAACGUAUCAAAAUAGUUAAGAAAAAAGUGAACUUGUGAAAAUAGCUGAAAAAGUUUCCCUUUUGUCCCACCGUAUAUAAUCAUUGUGAAAUAGUGUCAGUGAAUUAAUAGAAAAGUAUUUCUGUGCAAUUUAAUUUAAAAAUUAAAACGAUCUUCAACUAAAAAUACAGUAUAAUUUAAAUCUACCAACACCUAGAGAGAUUCAAUAAUAAGGAAUAAGCUAAGAUGGGUAACAUUCAUACGACUGGACCAAAUGAGGCGUUAAUUGUUUCAGGUGGUUGCUGUGGUUCCACCAAAAAGCGCACUAUUGUCGGUGGUUGGGCAUGGGCCUGGUGGCUGGUCACAGACGUGCAACGCCUGUCGCUCGAGGUGAUGACACUCAACCCCAUGUGCGAGAAUGUCGAGACGGCACAGGGUGUGCCAUUAACUGUAACCGGUGUCGCUCAAUGCAAAAUCAUGAAGAUGAUGAACGUGUAUUAUUUUCACCAUCAGGCUGACGAAUUAUUGGGCACCGCCAGCGAACAGUUUCUGGGCAAGAGCGUUAAGGAGAUCAAGCAGACGAUAUUGCAAACAUUGGAGGGACAUUUGCGUGCCAUUCUCGGAACGCUUACAGUAGAAGAGGUUUACAAAGAUCGCGACCAAUUCGCUGCGCUGGUACGCGAGGUAGCCGCACCUGAUGUCGGCCGCAUGGGCAUUGAAAUACUCUCAUUCACCAUCAAGGAUGUCUACGAUGAUGUGCAAUAUCUGGCAUCGUUGGGCAAAGCGCAAACGGCGAGCGUGAAGCGUGACGCUGAUGCGGGUGUGGCCGAAGCCAACCGAGAUGCCGGCAUACGCGAAGCUGAAUGUGAGAAGAGCGCCAUGGAUGUGAAGUAUUCCACGGACACCAAAAUCGAGGAUAAUUCGCGUAUGUAUAAAUUGCAAAAGGCCAACUUUGAUCAAGAGAUCAAUACAGCGAAAGCUGAAUCGCAACUGGCUUACGAAUUGCAAGCAGCAAAGAUACGACAGAGAAUACGUAACGAAGAAAUACAAAUCGAAGUUGUCGAACGUCGCAAGCAAAUCGAAAUCGAAGCGCAAGAAGUGCAGCGCAAGGAGCGCGAACUAAUGGCUACCGUUAAACUGCCAGCCGAAGCGGAGUCACAUCGUGUGCAGACAAUUGCGCAGGGUAAACAGUGUCAGACAAUUGAGGCGGCACGCGCAGAUGCCGAAAAGAUACGUAAAAUAGGUUCAGCCGAAGCUCAUGCCAUUGAGCUUGUCGGCAAAGCAGAGGCGGAACGCAUGCGUAUGAAGGCACAUGUCUACAAACAGUAUGGCGACGCUGCCAUCAUGAAUAUUGUGCUCGAAUCUCUGCCUAAGAUCGCUGCCGAAGUAGCUGCCCCACUCGCCAAGACCGAUGAGAUCGUACUCAUUGGCGGCAACGAUAACAUAACCAACGAUGUGACACGUCUAGUAGCACAAUUGCCACCGUCCAUUAAUGCAAUCACCGGCGUCGAUUUGUCGAAAGUAUUAUCCAAAAUACCCGGAGCCAAGGCGUGAAAUUCAAUGCAACACUCAAGCAUGCAAACGCCUCAAGAUGCCCGAACGAUGAUGUUGAUGACAUAAAGAUUAAAACGUGAAAUGGAACAAGUUGGAAAAUGAUAACUGAAACACAAAACAAACGAAAUAUUAUGAUAAAAUAAUAAAUGACACAAAUUAUGACGAAAAAUGGAGAAGAAGAAAGUGCUAAACAUAAACGAAUUAUAAUAUAAAAUGAAUUACAAAAACAACAAAAAGAAAGCUAUAUUUUAGCACAAUGUUCAGAAAUCAAUAAAGCAAAGUAACAGUUCAAUCUAAGCAAAGAUAAAUAUUAAAACACAAAAGGAAAAUAAAAAAUUGGAUAAAAGAGUAAAAAGUAUACACAAAACUAAAAGCGAACUCUGGCUUAAGCGUCUAUUUUGCAUUGAAUUAGUAAUCUAAAUAUACUCGCCUCCUUAAUAUAAAUGUACAACACACUUUUAUACAAGCAAGCAUAUACAAUCUUACAGAGUAUCUUUAUAUGUACAUAUGUAUAUUUAAAAAGAAUUUAAAUUAUUUAGAAAAACGUUCUAGGCACAAACGUAACUACAAUAAAGUUUCUACAAAUGUUCGCGAAUUUCCUUUAUAACUACAGUAGUGCGUAAAGAAGGAAACUAAAUAAAUUAAAAUUAGUUUUUACAAAACUGACUGGUAAAAAAAUAUAUCUAUAUAACUCUCUUCCGUUUCAUAGCCACAUACAUGCAUUGUAAAUGAACUAUAUUCUUGUCUCAGUGUCUCCCAAUCAAAAGAAAUAUGAACAUAAAAUAUGUAUAGCGACUUUCUCAAUUAAAAGUAUUCAAAGUUAACAAUGUACUCUUUGUAAUUUAGUUUUGUAUGUGUAAAUUUUGAUUUUACAAUAAUGAAAAAAGUGUUUGACUUAGCAAAAGUAAAAAAAAUUAUAUGACAACACUUUAACCAGUUCUGAACAAUUAACUGCUGCCAUUUUCCAAAUUGUUAAAAUUUUCUCGACUUACAUUACACUAUGUAUAACUUUUUAAAAUUUUUCAAAUUUACAAUUAAAAAUAAUAAUAAUUAAAAUAAUAAAUUAAAAAGUUGUUGUAUUAGCAGGUGUUCAGCUUGAUAUUUUAUAUAGUACAUACACACUGCAGAUAUAAUACAUAGUCUUCUGAAAGUUCACUCGAAGCAUAUGUUUAUAAAAAUUACAUAUACAUAUAUUUGGAAAAAAAAAUACAGGAAAGCAGCAGUUCUACAAUGAAUAUGCGUUUCGAAACAUCACAUUUAUUAUAAGUCUAUACUUUAUCAAAAUAAUUUAAUGAUACGCUUUCUUUUACAGUUUACGCGGCUUAAACUUGUGCAAUGAAAUCGAUAGCUCAAUUUCAAAAACACAUAAGCUAUUAAUUACAAGAUAAGCUGUGUAGACGCAGACUUCUCCACCAAAUUGAACAUCAAAAAUAUUGCAAUAGCGAAAUGUAUAUUUAGUAAGAAAAAAUAGUGCUUAUUUGGACAACCAAAUUUAUAUGAAUUUAUAUUAAUACACUUUAGGUGACAUUUUGCAGUUAAUAUCGCUAGAACAAAAAAAUCAAACCGAUUGUAUGCUGGAACUGUCUGUUGAAAGCAAAUAAACGUUUCUUGGAAAAUCAUACAAGUUAUUUGUAGGAAUUACAAAAAAUGCUCAAUAAAGGAAAUUCAGUUUAACAUUUAAGCUUUAGCUACAAAUUUACAAAAUCAGUUCGCACAUCAAUUUAUUACAUUUAGAAGGCAUCACAUUCGAAAAAACUUACAUACGUCAUGCAAUAGAUGAAUAAUAAUUUAAAAAAAUAUGAUAUCUUUUUCCAUUUCGUUGUGACAUAUUUUUAACUAUGCGUGAAGCAAACAAAAAAUACGUAUUUUGAGCAACAAACUUGCAUUAUUGUUUUUUUUUUUUAAUUAUGAAGUUCGAAUAAACAGUUUAUCAGUUUUCAAUAAAGUGGAGAAGACUAUGAGUUUAUUAUUGAAUUUAUUUAAAUUAAGUGACCCUCACUUAGUUUUUCCAAUAUAGAACAAUGUGUUCCAUGUUUAUAUGCACUGUAUUAACACUCGAUUACGGUAUCGAUUUCUCAUAAAACUUGAUAAAAAUACCACAAUUUUCCUCAACACAACAUGCAUUUACAACAUUUCUUUACUUCUUAGCAAUGUAUAAAACUAAAAAUAUUAUUUAAACCCUAAAAAAUAACAAAUUUAUGUUACGACUUUUAUAGUAGAAACCCUUAAAAUUUGCCAGUCUUUAUAUGUAUGUGCUCUAUUUGGAAAGUUUUGCAUACAAUUUUUCAAGCGAAAUUUUUUUUACCUUUUCAAUUUCUUUACAUGUUACUACCGCACAAUCCAAAGGCAUAUGUAUGUAGUUAUGGUAUGUACGAGUAGUAUGCAGUAGGCAAAUAUCUGUGUAUUUUUGACCAAAAAUUUUUUUUCAUUUUGGUACAUAUAAUUUCAAGGAUUUGCAUAUUAAUUUAAUUAGAAAAAAAAUAAUAAUAAUUAAUUAAUAGAACUUGAGAGAAUUACUCACUUAAGUUAAAUUCUUUUGCCAAAUUUUCAGUCACGUACAAUUGUGUAAAGACUUAAGUAAGAGUUUUAUAUGUGCAUAUUAGACAUAUCGUUUCGAAAAUUAGUUUUUAUUGAAAAUAUUUCACAUUAAAUUUAGUUGAAAAUAACGAAAUAUCAUUUGCCAUAUCAAAUCGAGUAUUGGGAAUUUAUUACGAUUGUUGAUUUCUAUAAAUUAAAAAAAUAUAUAAAUACGUACUGUUAAUUUUUGUUAUUAUUAUUAAAGUUUGUUUGUUCCGUAUAUGUUAUUACGUAAUCAUUAAAAAAAAACCAUACAUUUGCUAGGCAUAUUCUUCUUCUUUUUAUUUGUUGUUUUGAGUUCACAAACACAAUAACACGAGUAUAUAUACAUAUAUACACAGAUUAUAUACUAUGGUUUAUCGCAAUAUAAAUAAAGUAUACAUCGUAUAUAAGCAUAUAACAAAUAUUUCUUAACUGUACCAUAUUUUAUUGAAAUUACUGCAAAUUUUUUUAAAAUUAUUACCUUUAUAUCAAACAAUCAAACACAAAAUCGAGUGUAUACAAGCCUAAGGAACAAAACUAUAACAAUUUUAGAGCAUUUAAAUUGUCUAUCUGAUAAACUAUUGAUAUUUGUAAGUAUUUACUUUUUGGAAAUUUAUUUAGUUUAAAAAAAUUGCAAAUUAAAAUGAUGAUAAAUAUAAUGUUAACUUAACUUCAGCGUAAAUGAGUAAAGUGCUUUACAGUUAUACAGUCACGCCAUGUAAACGCCACACAAAUACUGCGAAGCAUUUUCAAAUUCAUGCAAAAUAUGCUGGAACACACACACUCAAUAAUGUUCAAUCGGAAAUACAAUAUAUUUACUUAUACAUACAUACAUAUGUAUAUUUAUAAAGCAUUAGCCACAGUCAACAAUUGUAAAAGAACAAAAUGGCUAAAAUAUACAUAAAAGGAGUUUAGAUUGUAAUAUAAUAUUUUGUAAAAACCGUACACCUUGAAUGAAGAUUUAAAUAAAUUGUACUUUUGUGUAUUGAUAAUAAAAUUAACGCAA